AGGAUACGCCAGAAUUGCGUAGUCAAGAUGACAACUUCUGUGUCCGUUUCAAAUGUAUUACUACUGCUAUGUAAUAGCACGUUAUAAUAUCUAAAUAACAUGUCAUAACAUGCUAGGUAACAAAUACGUCAAGGUAUUAUCACGUUUGAUAAAGGUUUUAUGUGUUAUUUUUUGUGUCAAACCGCGUGGGUGAACGUGAUAACUUGUCACAUAUCGACUUUAGGUUAGUCUGAGUGAAUGUAUAUCUUUUCGUCAAGAUUAAGUCUGAGGCCGGUAACAUCAACAGUGAGGACAAACCCAACCUGCCUCUCUCCUUCCACAAGGAGCCUACAGUCACUGGGUCCUGAUUGUGACAGUGGAGCCCAGUUUGCACUGCAGGAUCCAGAGAUGACAUCAGUGAAGCUGGAAGACUGCAGUCAAACACUGGAGCUGAAUGUCAUCAUUAAAGAUGAAGAAGAGGAGGAGAAGAUUGGGAAAUCUGUUAAUCAUGGACGACUAGAAUUAUGUCUGAGGCCGGUAACAUCAACAGUGAGGACAAACCCAGCCUGCCUCUCUCAUUCCACACUGAGUUCAAACCUACAGUCACUGGGUCCUGAUUAUGACAGUGGAGCCCAGUUUUCUCUGCAGGAUCCAGAGAUGGCAUCAGUGAAGCUGGAAGACUGCAGUCAAACACUGGAGCUGAAUGUCAACAUUAAAGAUGAAGAAGAGGAGGAGAAGAUUGGGAAAUCUGUUUCUCAUGGUAUGAGGCUAGUAACAUCAACAGUGAGGACAAACCCAGCCCUCCUCUCUCCUUCUGCACUGACUCCAAACCUACAGUCACUGGGUCCUGAUUGUGACAGUGGAGCCCAGUUUGCACUGCAGGAUCCAGAGAUGGCAUCAGUGAAGCUGGAGGACUGCAGUCAAACACUGGAGCUGAAUGUCAACAUUAAAGAUGAAGAAGAGGAGGAGAAGAUUGGGACAUCUGUUUCUCAUGUACUUGCCGACUCUGGUAUGAGGCCGGUAACCUCAACAGUGAGGACAAACGCAGGCCUCCUCUCUCCUUCCACACUGACUUCAAACCUACAGUCACUGGGUCCUGAUUGUGACAUUGGGGCCCAGUUUGCACUGCAGGAUCCAGAGAUGGCAUCAGUGAAGCUGGAAGACUGCAGUCAAACACUGGAGCUGAAUGUCAACAUUAAAGAUGAAGAAGAGGAGGAGAAGAUUGGGACAUCUGUUUCUCAUGGACUAGAAUUAAGUCUGAGGCCAGUAACAUCAACAGUAAUGACAAACCCAGCCUGCCUCUCUCCUUCCACACUGAGUCCAAACCCACAGUCACUGGGUCCUGAUUGUGACAGUGGAGCCCAGUUUGCACUGCAGGAUCCAGAGAUGGCAUCAGUGAAACUGGAAGACUGCAGUCAAACACUGGAGCUGAAUGUCAUCAUUAAAGAUGAAGAAGAGGAGGAGAAGAUUGGGAAAUGUGUUAAUCAUGGAGACCAUGUUGAGACAUUCUCUACAUCCAGAGAGCAUCAGCAGGAAGAUCACAGAGCAAAGAUGUCUCACCACUGCCCACAUUGUGGGGAGAUUUUGCCAUUUCUAUCAAAGCUAAAAAUACACCUAAAAAUACACACAGGAGAAAAACUUUACUCCUGCUCUGAAUGUGGAAAAUGCUUCAAAACAUCAACUGAACUAAAAGUUCAUCAAAGAACACACACAGGAGAGAAGCCUUACUCCUGCUCUGAAUGUGGAAAAUGCUUCAAAACAUCAACUGAACUAAAAGUUCAUCAGAGAACACACACAGGAGAGAAGCCUUACUCCUGCUCUGAAUGUGGAAAGAGAUUCUCUCAGCUGGGACACUUAAAACAACAUGACCGUAUACACACAGGAGAGAAGCCUUACUCCUGCUCUGACUGUGGAAAGAGAUUCUCUCGACCGGGCACCUUAAAACAACACGAACGUAUACACACAGGAGAGAAGCCUUACUCCUGCUCUGACUGUGGAAAGAGAUUAUCUUACCUGGGAUGCUUAAAACAACAUGAAAGUAUACACAAAGGAGAGAAGCCUUACUCCUGCUCUGACUGUGGAAAAUGCUUCAAAACAUCAACUGAACUAAAAUGUCAUCAGAGAACACACACAGGAGAGAAGCCUUACUCCUGCUCUGAAUGUGGAAAAUGCUUCAAAACAUCAACUGAACUAAAAUGUCAUCAGAGAACACACACAGGAGAGAAGCCUUACUACUGCUCUGAAUGUGGGGCGAGUUUCUCUCAACUGGGCCACUUAAAAAAACAUGAACGUAUACACAAACGAGAAGCCUUACUCCUUUUCUGACUGUGGGGCAAGUUUCUCUCGUCCGGACACCUUAAAAUGACCUGAACAUACACACAGGAGAGAAGCGUUACCACUGAUCUGACUGUAGAACAUGUUAAAACACCAGCUGAGCUUAAAGGUCAUUAGAGAAAAGACAAAAGGAGAUAAGCCUUACUUCUGCUCUCAAUGUGGCAAGAGUUUUUCCCAAUUGGGAAAACACACCAACGGCUACACACUUGAGAGAAGCCUUAUCACUGCACUGACUGUGGGAAGAGAUUCUACAGAUUGGGCCAAUUGAAAAGACACCAAUGUACACAUAAAGGAGAGAAACCUCAUCAGUUUUCUCAGACCAGCUAAGAUUAGACACUCCACUUAAUUAUCAUGUCAUUAAAUAAUUGGCAACGGUGAAUUGGAUCAAAUGAAGAAAGUGUAGAACACUAUUGUAAUCCUAUAGUUUCUCACUGUGAGAGAACAAUGCAGAGGAAAGGGAGUGUUAUAGAAUGUUAGCUCUCUCCUCUGUCUUCCACUCGUUACCUGUAUUAAUGGCACCUGUUUGAACUUGUUAUCAGUAUAAAAGACACCUGUCCACAACCUCAAACAGUCACACUCCAAACUCCACUAUGGCCAGGACCAAAGAGCUGUCAAAGGACACCAGAAACAAAAUUGUAGAUCUGCACCAGGCUGGGAAGACUGAAUCUGCAAUAGGUAAGCAGCUUGGUUUGAAGAAAUCAACUGUGGAAGCAAUUAUUAGGAAAUGGAAGACAUACAAGACCACUGAUAAUCUCCCUCGAUCUGGGGCUCCAUGCAAGAUCUCACCCCGUGGGGUCAAAAGGAUCACAAGAACGGUGAGCAAAAAUCCCAGAACCACACGGGGGACCUAGUGAAUGACCUGCAGAGAGCUGGGACCAAGUAACAAAGCCUACCAUCAGCAGGGGCAUUGAAGAUGAAACGUGGCUGGGUCUUUCAGCAUGACAAUGAUCCCAAACACACCGCCCGGGCAACGAAGGAGUGGCUUCGUAAGAAGCAUUUCAAGGUCCCGGAGUGGCCUAGCCAGUCUCCAGAUCUCAACCCCAUAGAAAAUCUUUGGAGGGAGUUGAAAGUCUGUGUUGCCCAGCAACAGCCCCAAAACAUCACUGCUCUAGAGGAGAUCUGCAUGGAGGAAUGGGCCAAAAUACCAGCAAAAGUGUGUGAAAACCUCGAAGACUUACAGAAAACAUUUGACCUCUGUCAUUGCCAACAAAGGGUAUAUAACAAAGUAUUCAGAAACUUUUGUUAUUGACCAAAUACUUAUUUUCCACCAUAACAUGCAAAUAAAUUCAUUAAAAAAAUCCUACAAUGUGAUUUUCUGGAUUUUUUUUUUUCUCAUUUUGUCUAUCAUGGUUUAAGUGUACCUAUGAUGAACAUUACAGGCCUCUCUCAUCUUUUUAAGUGGGACAACUUGCACAAUUGGUGGCUGACUAAAUACUUUUUUGCCCCACUGUAGUUGUUGGUGUAUUUAUUUUGGAUCCCCAUUAGCUUUCAGUAGAAAACAAGAUACUGCAGUUGCAGUGGGCUAAGGAAUGAAAACACUGGAGAAUUUUAAAAAACAUUGCCUGUUCUGAUGAAUCCCUGUUCCUGCUGUUUCACGCUGAUUGGAGGAAACCACGAGUACAACAUUGCAGGCUGGUGGUGGUGGUAUGAUGGUGUGUUUUCAUGCCACAUAUUGGGCCCCUUGAUAAAAGUGGAGCAACGUUUGUGUAAAAAAUCAUUGCCAAUCAGGUGCAUCCCUUCAUGGUGGCCAGGAAUGAUUCCAAGAACAUGACAGGGAAUUCAGCUUACUGCAGUGGCCUGCCGAGUCACCAGAUCUCAAUCCAAUUGUGCAUCUGUGGGAGGACAUGGAAGGAGCUAUUCAGAGUAGAUACACUCCCAGCCAACUUGACACAAUUGUGGGAAGCAUUGGAGUCAACAUGGGCCAGCAUCCCUGUGGAACGUUCUCAAAACCUUGGAG